CCUCCCCAUCCCCAUUCCAAUCCCCAUUCACCCCCCCAGAAGAAGGGAUAGUAUUCGCAGGCGAAAGCGGAAACUCCUCAUCGGUCAAAAACUGAAGGACUUUAUCAGGGGCGUUAUGUUCCGAGAACCAUGAUGUGCCCGGGUCGGAGUCAUCGUCGAUAUCAUCUGUUUCUGAGUCGGAGUUGGUGUCGGUGUCUUCGUUCUUGGUAGUAUUCGUGGUGGGUUUGGCGUUGGUGGGGUUAUGUUUCGUGGAAAUGUGAGAGAGGGUUCGGGCGUAGAAUGUUUCCCAGCUUUGUUUUGGAAUAUAUGUAUUAGUUCACUGCAGUGGUUCAUUAUUGAAUUUGGUGGAGGAUGGGUAGAUUUCUUCUUCCUCUUCUUCAUCUAUCUCCCCCUCUUCCAUGAAGAAAAAGGAGGGGUAUCAUGGUGGGGUAAAGAUAAAACUUCAACUCCGUCUUCACAGGAAAACUCACUAAUCCUUCGUGCCCAGUUCACUGGGCGACAGAUGCGCUGGAUGAUGGCUGUCGUCGGCCAUGGUUUCUGGGUGUUGAGUAUCCUUGGUCCGGAGGCAAAGUUGGCUUGCUGGAAGUUGUGGAAAGUUUUCGAGGUCCCCGAAAUCCGAAUUCCGGAGCCCGCAUGACGUUGGAACGAACUGGAGCCGCACGUGGCGGGCUGCCAUUGUAUCUAGUACCUGAUUCUCA